CAUGAAAGUUCAGGAGUAGGAGAAAAAAAAAACAUGUUGGAUAUAAAGACUACUAGACAGGUACUAAUAAUGUUUUGUGGACACAUUUUCGGAUAUCCUAAUGAUCAUGAUGCUGAUGAUGAUUCCCCACCUUUCCACAUUCAAAUUUCCUUUUCUUGUUAUUCUGUUUUGUCUAACCAAAUUGAACAAAUAAGUAAAACUAUAAAGCUGGUGUCGUGUAUUUCUUGCUCAAGGGGCAAACGAGGCCCUACAGAAGUCGGUCGGCCUUAAAAGUUCUGAACAUAAAAUCAUAAGCAGCAAGAGAAGAGAUCCUCGCCGAUGAUAAAAGCUUGCCCUUCAAAUGCAAACAAGAACAAUAUGCAUCGGACUCCACUAUUUUUUUUUUUUUGUUUGGAAUUGUCGAAGAAUUGCUCGCGUCUGCAGAGGACUCUCCCCACUUCCACCUGUAUAAUAAACUAGCGUCUGAUGCUUCCCAAGUUUCACCAUCCUCCACCGUCAGAGCUCUCAAGUUUCUGAACCCUUUUCACAAAAACACACACAACACCUACUAGCUGCGGCCAAAAACAAAAAAAAAAAAACAGAGGAAAAAGUUGAUGGCUUUUUCACAUGAAUCUUUGCCAUCACCAGCUGCUAUUUUAUCUGCGGCCACUUCCAUCACGGCCACCAUUGUUCUCAUCAGAACCUUGAACGACCUUGUCCCUGGCGAGUUCCAGAACUACUUCUUGUCGCGUUUCCGGAAGCUCUCCAGCUUCCUGUUCCCCCACCUCACCGUUGUCAUAGAAGAGUUUGAUGGGCUUACAUUGAAUAAACUGUACGAGGCAGCCAAUCUAUACCUAGGCACCAAGAUCUCCCCUUCAACUCAGAGGAUCAAGGUGAGCAAGUGUGAGAAAGACCAGGAAUUUGCUGUCACCGUUGAUAAAAAUCAAGAAAUCCUCGAGUCUUUUGAAGGAGUUGAGCUAAAAUGGAUCCUGCAUUGUACCCCUGUUAAUCAACAUAGUCAUGCUGACAUGAGGCUAAAGCCGAGGUCAGAAUUGCGAUAUCUCGAGUUGAGUUUCCAUAAGAAACACAAGGAGAUGGUGUUGGAAACUUACUUGCCACAUAUCCUAAAGAAAGCUAAGGAGAUCAGGGACGAGAUGAGGGUGGUGAGGCUACACACAGUUGAUUAUGCUGGCACCGACUAUUGGAGUUCAGUGGCCCUAAAUCAUCCAGCAACUUUUGAUACACUAGCAAUGGAUCCAGAGAAAAAGAAGGAGCUUAUAGAGGAUCUUGAUAGAUUCAUAAGCAGGAAGGACUAUUACAGGAGAGUUGGCAAGGCUUGGAAACGUGGAUAUUUGUUCCAUGGACCACCUGGUACGGGGAAGUCAAGUUUGGUGGCAACUAUGGCUAAUUAUCUCAGGUUUGAUAUCUAUGACCUGCAUCUGGCACAAGUGCAAUGUGAUUCAGAUUUGAGGAGGUUGUUGAUUGGGUCGGCCAAUCGGUCCAUACUUGUUAUAGAAGACAUUGAUUGCAACGUUGGAUUAAAGAGCAGGGAAUAUCAUGAUGGAGAAUUUGAGGAUGACAAGAUUACCCUAUCUGGACUGCUCAACUUUGUUGAUGGCUUAUGGUCCAGUCGGGGAGACGAGAGAAUCAUAGUGUUCACCACCAACCACAAAGAUAGACUGGAUCCAGCCAUGCUGAGACCUGGUCGAAUGGAUGUGCAGAUUGAGAUGUCCUACUGCACUUUUAGUGGUUUCAAAACACUUGCUCAUAAUUAUCUAAAGAUAGAGGAACACAAUCUAUUUGGGGAAAUUGAAGAGCUGCUGUUGAAAGUCCAGGCAACACCAGCAGAAAUUGCAGGAGAGCUGAUGACGAGUGACAACGCAAAUACUGCAUUGCAGAGCCUUGUCACACACCUCCAGAUGAAGGAGAACAACAGCUGAAGACUUCAAAGUGAAGGGACUAGAAGUUGGUUCGCUAGAUGUCAUUAGCCUACCUUAUAGGUUGUUAGCCUUUCUGAGUUGAAUCUGUUUAUGCAGCUUAACAUACCAUUAAACUAUAAAUUCGCUGAACUUUUAUGUUAUUACAGUGUCUUUUUUUUAUUUAUUUUAAUAAACACUUUAAAGCACUAGAUUUUGAUCUUCAAAGUAAAGGAUAGAGCACCUUUGCAAAACAUGUAACUUCACUCCUGCUAGCUACCAAGAAAAGUUGAACCUAUAGCGUCUCCAUGAUACAAAGAAUCCUGUUCCAAGUUCGAAUAUUGCUCUUUAUCUCCAAAAUUAUCCGCCAUCGCUGU